UCCAUUUAUAAAAGCCCGCAAUCAACUAUCACUUUCACUUCACACAAUUCAAAAAAAAUCUCAACCAAAAGAAACUAAAAAGAGUUUUCCGCACUCCUCUUUGCCGAUCAAAUAAGAAGUUCAUCAGAAUUGAAUCAAAUUUUUUAUUCUUUAAAGUAAAUUAACGUCUUUUAAGCUGUAAUGGAGUCGACGUCAACGACAGCGGGAGGUAGGAGAGGGGGAGAUAGGAAAAAAGCGGUUUCUAAGUCGGUAAAGGCAAGACUCCAGUUUCCAGUGGGUCAGAUUGCCCGUUACCUCAAGAAAGGCCGUUAUGCACAGCGUUAUGGCGGCGGUGCUCCCAUCUAUCUUGCCGCCGUCCUCGAGUACCUUGCUGCUGAGGUGUUGGAAUUGGCGGGGAAUGCGGCACGUGAUAACAAAAAGAAUAGGAUCAACCCACAGCACGUGCUGUUAGCCGUGAGAAAUGACGAGGAGUUGGGGAAGCUUUUUCAAGGAGUAACCAUUGCUAGUGGCGGAGUUCUUCCUAACAUUAACGUUGUUUUGUUACCUAAGAAAGCAUCAUCUUCAUUUGAUAAGGACCUGUCUUCUAAGUCUAAAUCUUCUAAUAAGGUUUAG